GUUUUGCAAUCAUGAUGAGAGCUGUAGCAGUGUGUUUUCUACUCUUCAUCCAGGCUACUGGAAAUCGAACCACGUACGAUGAUAUUAUGGAUCUCCAAGACGGUGACGAUUGCCCCAAAGGCACAUGGUCAGUAGACGGGACCCACUUUAUGGGAGCCGACGAAUGUGAGCAGUGCUGGGAAGGUCAAUACAACAACCAGGAAGCUAACAUAGCGUGUGACAUGUGCCCUGCCGGUACCUUUUCCCCUGAUGUAGGAUACUGGGAGUGUGAGAAGUGCCCCCCAGGUCAGAUCACUACGGAGAGUGAGAACUGGGAGUGUUUCCCCUGUGGGAGAGGUCAGCACAGUCCGGGAGAGGGUGGUACUACUUGUUUGGACUGUCCUAAAGGAGGAUACCAGGACGAAGAGGGAGCAGGUACCUGUAAACUAUGCCCUGCUGGUACCUCCUCUGCAGAGGCUGCCGUUGAGGCUGCUGACUGUGCAGCCUGUCCUGCCGGCUCCUACUCCCCGGUUGAGGGGUCGGACUGUCUGCUCUGUCCGGUAGAGACGUACGGAGAUGUGUCCGGAGCUUCCUCCUGCAAGAGCUGUCCUUCUAACACUGAUCACGAAGGUUAUUAUUAA